AUGAGUGAACAAAUGAAACGCGUUGGAGAAACGGUUGCGGGUGCCCUGCCGUCUGACACAACUCCGUGGUGGAAGAAGCCACACCUGUUGAAAUUGAACACAAUCAUAUUGGGUCUGUUGUUAUUUUCAGGCACAGUGGGCUACGAUGGCUCGCUGAUGAACGGGUUACAAUCUCUUGCCCAGUGGCGAGAGUUCAUGGAUCAACCUGCCGGAGCAUGGCUUGGAUUCAUCAAUGCGAUUCAGUUCGUAGGAGUGACGAUUACAUCUCCAAUCCAGGCAUGGGCCGCGAAUCGCUUUGGACGCAAAACACCCAUCUUCAUCGGCUAUGUCUUCCUCCUCGCUGGUGCCGGUAUCCAAGCCGGUGCAAGAAAUCAGACUAUGUUUAUCAUUGCUCGGUUUCUGGUCGGCGUAGCAAGCGCCUGGUUCACGACGGCGGUUAUUCUCAUCGUGGAAAUCUCAUACCCAACCCAUCGCUCCAAGCUUUCUGCCAUGUAUCAGUGCCAGUACUAUCUUGGAAGCAGUCUCGCAGCAUGGUUGUCGUUUGGCUGCCGCAAUACUGGUUCCUCGUGGGCAUGGCGAAUCCCCUCGUUGAUGCAGGUGGGGAUUCCCCUCUGUGCAUUGCCACUUGCUCUUCUUGCGCCUGAGUCCCCUCGAUGGCUGAUCAGCAAAGAUCGCCACCAAGAAGCAUUUCAAAUGCUUGUCAAACACCACGCUGGGGGUGACCAAGACUCACCUCUCGUUGCUUCCGAGAUGCAAGAGAUUACCCAGUCAAUUGCGCAUGAGCGAGAAGCCCAAAACUCCACAAAAUGGACUGACAUGAUAAAGACUCAUGGGAAUCGUCGUCGGUUGUUUAUUAGCGCCACCCUGGGUAUAUUUGCUCAAUGGAACGGAGUUGGAAUUGUCUCUUACUAUCUCGCCCUGAUCCUCAACACCAUUGGAAUCACCUCCGUAACAGACCAGCUCAUGAUAAAUGGAUUCCUCCAAAUCUGGAAUCUACUACUAGCAAUCGUGGGCGCGAUGCUAGUCGAUCGCUUCGGCCGCCGACCACUUUUCCUACUGUCCACGUGCGUCAUGCUCAUGAGCUACAUCGUCAUCACCGGUCUUUCUGGUGGUUUCGCCACAACAAAUUCCAGUAGCGUGGGUAUCAGCGUUAUCCCAUUCUUGUUUAUCUACUACGGUGGAUAUGACAUCGGUUUCACGCCUUUGCUCCUUGCUUAUCCAGCGGAGAUCUGGCAAUAUUCGCUCCGUGCAAAGGGUGUCGCGGUCACGGCGACCUGUACUUAUGUCGCCCUUAUUUUCAACGCCCUCGUCAAUCCUAUCGCGCUGGAUGCUAUACAGUGGAGAUACUAUAUCGUGUAUAUUGCACUCUUGGUUUUCAUUUUGGUGGUUGUGUACUUCACGUAUCCUGAGACUCGGAGGCAUUCAUUGGAAGAGAUUGCUUUGAUUUUUGAUGGAGAUGAGGCUUUGGAGAUAGCCGCUGCAACUAUUGGCGAAGACAAGAUUGAUUCGGAAGUUGAUCAUGUCGAGGUUGCGCCGCGUCAUGCUUGA